UAACAGUACGUUUCGCUCGAACUGCGAGGUCCGCCAUGGCUCGUCUCGCCGUGGCGCUCUUGCUCAUCGCGGCCGCCGCCGGUGCCCACUCGGCGAACCCUCGCCUCCCCACCUGCCGCGCGACAGACGCCGCAGUCGAUGUGGCUACUACCACGCAGGAGCACGGCGGCAGCGGGAGGCGGAUCCUGGACAUCACGCACGCGCUCCAGCCGGAGCUCCCGGUGCUUGGGUCGGACGCCGGGGUGGGGGUCCCCUGGUCGCGGCUGAAGAAAUCCAUGGCGAACGGCUCGCUCUCCAACUUCUCGGAGCUCCGGAUGAGCGUGCACAUGGGCACUCACGUCGACGCCCCCGGCCAUAUGUGGCAGCAGCACUUCGAGGCCGGAUUCGACGUCGACACUCUCGACUUCGAGAUCCUCAAUGGUCCUGCAUUGCUGGUUGAUGUUCCGAGAGACAAAAAUAUAACUGCUGAAGUAAUGGAGUCCCUGAACAUUCCAAGGGGAGUUCGUCGAGUUCUUUUCAGAACAUUGAACACUGAAAAGAAGCUUAUGUCAAAGGAGAGUGAAACUAGUUUUGUUGGAUUUACAGAGGAUGGGGCACAAUGGUUGAUUACACAGAUGUUAAGCUAGUCGGGCCAUGAGCACCGAGUUGAUGAGCGUGAGGCGGUCACCUGUGGAUAGGAGCUUUGGCUUCCAACCACUUACUUUUUUGGCGAAUCUGUCCAAGGUUGGCUGCAAGUCAUUUUUUGUCAAUUUUCUCAGAGACAAGGUCACCUGUGGAUUGGUGUGUUUACCUUUUACAACCUGAACUUAAAAUGUUUGCUUGCUAAUCCUGUAGGGGUGGAUUAUCUGUCAGUCGCUUCAUAUGAAUAUAUGAUUCAUGCACAUGUAGUUUUUUUUGAAAAGAAGGGUAAGAAACCAGACUUCCUAUAAGAAAUAUCCAAAACUAUGGAUCAGCUUUAAUACUCUCACCAAUAUCUCAUAGUCUCUUACUGUACCUGUACUUCAUAAAUUUUACAUGUCUGGCAUUGUUGAUCGAAUUACUCUCAAAAUGCUAACGCUAGUUCCAAAAUAGUACCUUCCAAAACUAAUCAACAUGUUUCUCACUUUCUAUUUAUUCUAAUCUCUGGAGUACAAAUUAGGAAGCAUACAAAUUCUAUAAUUGUAUGCUCCUGAGCUUCGAGAUCUAUCAGGGGACGUUUAUGAAACAAAAUAGCUGUACAAAUUACAGGGUGUCAUGGUGAUACCAAGAGGGAAAGAGCUUGACAUUAGUGGAUUUAGUCUCGACUUAUACAUUGAACACGUUAUUUUUUCCCUUUUUUCCAACUAGCUUUCUAAAUGACCCAUAAGAUGUGUUACUAACUGAGAGGCGGUUAAUUUAACUCUCUUGUAUUGUUCUUAAUACCAAUGAAAAGAAACUCAGGUAGUCAGAAUUAGGGGGUAUUUCUUGGAUAAAGCAACUCAAUAGUCCAUCAUUUGUACACUCAUUGGUUGACAAAAGAAAAGGAUCCGUGUUUUAUAAAGUAUCUUUUGGCUAGUGCUGGUGGGGGCUUUGGGCUUUAUAUUGGAAAGGGCGAUGGUAAUAAUCGAGUUAAACUGACAAGGUUGCAGAUCAUGAUUUUAUGAGCUUUACUCCUCACUUUUUGUAAUGUGUACUUCCCUUUUGUCUAGUGCUCUUCUGAAGAACAUUACACUAUAUCUGUCGGUGAUUUAGAGGAUCGUGCAUGCUACUUUGCAUUUCAGUAAGAUAUUUCUUUAUGAGUAUAUGUGCCACUUGUUUGUUUGGCUAUUUUUUCAUGCAGGAAAUUAUAAUUGUAGAAGCUCUGAAUUAGAUGAUGUGGAACCUGGCAUGUAUAUGUUGCAUUGCUUACCUCUAAGGCUGGUUGGAGCUGAGGGUUCACCAGUCAGGUGCAUCCUUAUUAAAUGAUCAGGUCCUUGAGGUACUGUUCUAGCUGAUGAUGUGUCUCCUCGACAUGUUGGUAAAACAUUGAGCGUUUAUCUUGAAGAACAUGUAUCUCAUGCACAUCUGCUUGUGUGGUAGAGUGAAACUAGUUAUAUGAUGGAGAAGAAACUGGUGUAAUAUUGGAUUGGUGUUCAAUGAUCAUGUACCUUCAAAACAAUGUUCAUUUUCAUGUAUGUGUUAU